AUGGAGAUGCACCUCCCGCCUUCCCUCUCGUCGCCUAGCGGUCUCACUCGAUUCUCCUCCCUCGCACCGUUCUCCCGGUUCCACGCUUUCUCCGCCUCUCGCGCGUUCCUAUUCCCUCCGCACGCGUCCUUGCGCGCUCUGAGCACCCCGCGCCAAACACCCGUUGCGCAGCCCGCUCCUUCUCCCGACGGCGUCAGAUCGUGCCUCCGCGCGCCCUCUUCCGCCGGCGCUCACUUCCGCUGCACCCCGCGAGCAAGCGGAGGCUGGCGCCGGUGGCGGUCGGAUGCGCGCGCGGGGGGGCGUCAGGCGGCGGCCUGCGCGAAUGGGGCGAACGGGAUCGCGGAAGGGUUGUCGGAGCGGGAAGGUGGCGCAAACGGUAACGCUCGCAGCUGGGCGCCGCCGCGGCUGAGCGUGGCGCCCAUGAUGGACUGGACGGACUGUCAUUACCGGCAGCUGGCGCGGCUGAUGAGUGCACACACGUGGCUGUAUACAGAGAUGGUCGUAGACAACACGCUGCUGCACCAGCAGCCGCACCUGGACCGGUUCCUGCUCUCUCCGCCCACCCAGCACCCUCUCGUGCUGCAGCUGGGCGGCAGCGACCCUCCCUCGCUCGCAGAGGCCACGCGCCUGGCGCUGCCAUUCGCUUAUGAUGAGAUCAACCUCAACUGCGGCUGUCCCAGCCCCGCCGUAUCAGGGCAUGGCUGCUUCGGUGCGCGCCUCAUGCUCUCACCCAAGGUGGUGGCGGCCAUAUGUGCGGCCAUGGGGGAGGUAGCGGGGGCAGCAGGCGUGCCAGUGACAGUGAAGUGCCGCAUAGGCGUGGACGACUGCGACUCGUACGAGCAGCUGCACGAGUUCAUAUCGAAGGUGUCGUCGCUCUCCCCUGUGCGUCACUUCAUCAUCCACGCGCGCAAGGCGCUUCUCAAAGGCCUCUCGCCUGCACAGAACCGAACCGUGCCGCCCCUCAAAUACGAGUAUGUAUUUGCACUGCUCCGUGACUUCCCCUCCCUCUCCUUCACUCUCAACGGCGGCGUCACUUCCCUCGAACAGGCCAGUGAGCUGCUUGCUAAGGGCGUGCAUGGAGUCAUGAUCGGCCGGGCUGCUUACAACACCCCAUGGCACAUCCUCUCCUCUGCCGACACAGCCAUCUUUGGGGCUCCCAGCAAUCCUUUGGAGUCCAGACGACAGCUGCUGCAUCUUUAUGCCCAGUAUGCCGACUCAGCACUGAACCAGUUUGGCCCGGGAAGGCCCAACGUGCGCACGCUAGUCAAGCCUCUGCUAGGUCUCUUCCACUGUGAGGCGGGGGCGGGCAAGUGGAGGAGACUCAUUGACACUGAGAUUAGACAAGCCAAG